UUUACUGUAACGCGUGAAAAUAGCAGAAGCGCUAAGAUGUCCUUGUUAACGUCUGGACCGAAGGAAGAGGAAGCGUCGCCACCUAGGGAUUCGGAUUCAGAGGAGGGAACAGCAAAUCCAUCAACUACAAAAAUGGAAAAUGGUAUCAGCAUUAUUGAAAAUGCUCCUCAAGUGCGAAAUGCUAAUGGCAGUUUUACUGCUGUGUGCCGUAGUAACAGAAGUGAUAAGAUGUCCGCAUUAGAACCUGGAGAAAAUGAAGUUGUAGAAGUGCCUUUGGACUCGGCUUGUGAGAGUGUCUCAAAGAGUCCUGUACAGAAGGAUGUUGGUCCUUCAUCUAGGGCUGUAGAUCAAAAAGGAAGAAAUACAGUAAAUGGACAAAUAGAAGGUUCAUACCAUGAAAAUUUGAGUUCUUCACCACACAGUGACAGAGCAUCAAAAGUAUAUCUAAAAGAAGAAUUACGGCAAGAUACGCAAAAGUUUAAGAAUGAGGUAGACAUGUUACAAGUCGAAUUACUGUCUGUGGAGAAAGAAAAAGGUCUGCUUGAAAAAGAGAUUUCUCAUAGCCAAGAAAGAGAAAAAGAUCUGCUCCAUAAGAAUCGCAUGUUGCAGGAGGAACUUGCCAUGGUGAGAAUGGAGAGAGACAAAAUUAAAAGUCAGAAUGAAGAAAAUGAAAAGAAAUAUCCAAAGGACACGGAAAUUACGAAAGAAAAGUAUGAUGACGUUUACAUGACUCUAUUGCGGAAUUUGGAAACAUUAAAUAAAACUGUGUGUCAGUAUGGUGAGAAGCUUUGUGUUCUCACAGCUGAGAAUGCAAUGCUAAAGUGUAAACUGGAGAGUGAAACACAAAACAAGGAAAGACUGGAAGAAGAACUUGCCUCUUGCCAUUCCAGACUGACUGCCGCUACACGUGAUCUUGAUGAAAGAGAGACAUCAAGAAAACACCUAGAGCUUGCUUUCUACACAGCAAGAGAUGAGUGGGAUCACUUACAAGACAAAAUGAAUUUUUCCAUGUCGAAUCUAAAAGAAAACAAUGAGAUUCUUUCUGAAAAACUUUCUAAAGCAGAAAGUAAGAUCGAUAGCCUGGAAACGGAGCUCCAUCACACAAGAGAGCUCCUCCGAGAAAAAACGUUGUUUUUAGAAGUUGUACAAAGAGACCUAAGGCAAACACAGUGCCAAACGGAAGAAAUAGAACAAACGUAUGGCAGUGACCAAAGCAAAGUGAAUCCACACAUGGGCGAGCAGGAAUCUCUAGAGCAGAGAUUCUGUGAACUACAAAGAGAAAAUAUGUUGCUUCGACAGCAACUACAUGCUGCUCACAACAAAGCUGCCCAGAAAGACGAGACAGUAACCAAUAUCCAGGACCAGCUUCAGGAUAUUGUGAAACAAAGUCAAGCUGGCAGUGACAAGCAAAGUCUGCUUCUAGAAGGAAAACUUCAGGAGCUCACCAAUGAAUGUGAUCGUUUAAAAGAAACAAUGUGUCAUUUGGAAAAAGAGUCUGCAGAAAGAACAGUACUUGUGAGACAUCUACAAGAACUGGCUACUACCUUGAAAAAACAACCAAGGCCAGAGGCUUUUGUAGAGGUUUCACCAUGUCACGUUAAUUUAGAAGAUGGGACAGGUUCAAAGAAGAAAAUAGAUCAAAUCAAAAGUCAAAUUGAUCAACAAAAACAAGCACUGGAAUUUCCAUGUUCAAAAUGUGGACGUCAGUAUGCAAAGAAUCAAGUUGUUCAGCCGGAAUCGUUACCUAAGGAAAUAAUCCAAGAAAGAUAUGAGAAAUUACAGACAAAGAAUAUGAGGUUGAAGCAAGCAAUAGUAGACCUCAAAAAUUACAUGGAAAGGAAUAUGGUAGACCGUCAUCAAGCUGACCAGUAUAAACGGGAGAUUAAAGCAAAAGCCGAACAGACUGUUGCAGAAAAAUUCAAAAAAAUCAAUCUGUUUUUGCAGGCCUAUGCAGCACAACGAGAUAACAGACAAGAAUUAAGAGAGAAAGAAGUGGCUGCAGUAAAGCGUGAGAUGGAACUGAAAGUUAAAUUUCUCGAAUCUAAACUCCACAAAAUGAAAAUGUAUCAAGAAUUUAAUAAUGUUGAAUUGCAAAAGAUAAGCUACUCUAUGAAGUUAGAAGGAGAAGCUAAAAAAUCCUUGGCAUGUGGACCAGAAACACUCCACACUUCAUUCCUGCAUCCCUGUGGAAGUGUCCAGAGGCAGGCUGAAACUGUUCACAGAAUAACCAAACCCUCCUCAACUUCUCAGAUAACUUUGGACAUACCUACUGCCCAAGGACCCCUGGGACUCCUACGAAGGAUGCCACUACGGUGAGGAGAGAGGAGACCACUCAUCGGUACUACAUGGCAGCGUAGCCUGGCAUCAGGAGGCCUGAGGAUCUGCAGGAUCUUGGGGUUUCACUUUCCACAUCGGUACAAUGAGAAUAAAAUGGCACCUGACUGCAUACCUGGAGAGCGUUUACAGAAAGCAUACUCUAUGCAGGAUGCCUGUGGAGGGGACACCAAGGGCCCGUGUGGGAAAGGACUUGACCGAGGCCUGCUGCCAGCUCUAGGUGCCUUUCACCGUCCCUCCAGCGACUGCAUCCUGGGAAUCCCAAAGCAGGAAUCAACAUCUAUCAAAGGGCUUCUUUAACAAACCAGUUUGUGAAAUGUUUAACUACGGAAAGCCUUACACAGCAUUUGCAGUCUUCAUCUGGUUGUGUUUACAUUAAAUCACCUUUGUUGCAAAGAAUAAAAUAAAAUGAAAUUUAAAGUGUUCUGGAAAAUUUGA